AUGAUGGGCAAUAAUGCGUGCCUAUUUGCCGUUCUGCUAUUGGUUGUGGUUUCUACUGCUGGGGAAUCAGAACCCUUCCAUGGACUGAAGAAGCCGCCAAAUUACCACGACGAUGACGACCAAGCUCAGUGCACACCAAUUCGUGAACCCGUCUGCCAGGGCCUUCAGUACACCCACACGAAAAUGCCUAACUGGGUAAAAAUGACUUCACAGGAGGAAGCAGCCAAACGCAUGAUUGACUACAAAUCACUGCUGAACAUUAACUGCUCCCACUACCUCAAACUCUUCCUCUGCACAAUCUACUUCCCCAUGUGCACUCAAGUGCUGGAGAAAUCGGCGCUCAAACCAUGCAAACCCCUGUGCCUUCACGUGCGUCGCAGAUGUGAACCGAUCAUGCAACAGUUUCAGUUCAGUUGGCCUGCAGAGCUGUCGUGCGACGAUCUUCCCGAGUCACCGAAGCUUUGCAUCGAACCAGACGGAUACGCUCUUGACACCCAAAAACCGGUACUCCCUCCAGCCUCCGCCAACAUGGCCGGUGGUUCUUUGGCGUCGCUACAGAGGAUGUAUCCUCAGCUGCACGAUCUCUUCGUCAAAAGACGCCACGGGACGCCUAACAUCGACUCACUGAUCCAGGCGGCUGCUGCCGCCGACGGCGGCAACAUUGUCUUGGCCAGCGAAGCCAACAGAGGAUGCUCAGCCGCCGAAUUCCCUGCCACGUACUUUUCAAAUGACACGUGCUUGACCUACUGCGGUGCUGAUCUCUAUUAUCGCCCUGCGGACAAGAAAUUUGCUCGUGCUUGGCUCCUCGGUUGGUCGAUUUUGUGCGUCGUGUCUUCUGCGCUCACCUUCCUCACGUUCAUUGUGGACAGGUCCCGUUUGCAGUACCCCGAACGUCCGGUACUUUAUCUAGCCGCGUGCUAUUUCGCAAUUGGUGUUGGCUACAUCCUUCAGUAUGGGCUAGGUCCUGAGGUGGUCACGUGCCGCUCCGUCCAAUCCAGCGACAGCAAUACGGUGGAAACACAAAAAUACCUCUUGACAGGCGGACAGGAGAGUACCUGGUGUACUGUGGGGUUCCUCAUUUCCUACUACUUUGGAAUGGCUGGCAAUUUCUGGUGGGUGAUGCUGAGUCUUGCGUGGUACCUCUCCACUUCCCGCAAGUGGGGCCACGAAGGGGUUGAAUCGGUAAGCAGUGUCUUCCACAUGUUCGCUUGGGCGCUGCCCGCAAUUCAAUCCAUCCUUGUUCUGAUUCUGCACAAAAUUGACGCCGACGAACUCACGGGCACCUGCUACACGGGCUUCCACAGCGAAACUGCCCUCAUGUUCUGCGUGCUGCUUCCACAGGCCGCCUCCCUCAUUCUGGGUCUCCUUCUGUUGAGUGUAGGCUUCGCUGCCGUUUUUCGAGUGCGUCGGAAACUCAAAACGCCAAGCGACCGAGAACGCGAGAGCCGGCGUCGUCUGGAGAAGUCCAUCGCGAAACUGGGCGUCUUUGUUGUGCUCUACACCUUCCCGAUGGCGUGUCUGUUGGCGGGGAACUUGUAUGAGUACUUGGGUCAGCCUCGGUGGCGUGCGGCUCUCCGAAGGCUUGAUUUUGCUCGGCCACACUGCCUUUCACCGAGGGGUGUGGCCUGGGGCAUUCCCGAGUGUCACCCCGAUGAUUCACCGUCGUCUGAGGCGGCGAUGUUGCGGAUUUUCAUGUCCUUUGUGGUCGGAAUCACGUCGGGGAUGUGGGUGUGGGCCAACAAGAAGACCUUCGUCAGCUGGAAGCGCGCGAUCUGCCGAGAGAGCAAGCGUCAUGGAAGUCGCCAUCGGCGCGGCUCCUUCGGCAAGUUCGACCGGCCCAAUCUCGGCGCAACCAACGCCUACCACACCCCCACAUUCGAUGCUCCCGCCAACCCUCCACCCCCGUCUGUCGAAGCGUCAGAGGUGGAUCGUCCCGGUGGGGUCUUUGUGUCGGAUUCGAACACAAUCUUCUCGGCUUCAGCUGUGGGUUAUUCCUCGAGUGGGUGCCAGUCCUGUCGAAUGUGUCCUCCGUCUGCUGCCGCUGCUGCUGCAUCCACAGAUCUAACUGCUGGCGGAUACUCCUCGGUGUCACCUCAACCGGGCCUGGAAAUGUACGGCGAGUGUUACAUGCACGCCAAUGCCUGCCAACACCUGAAUCCCCACCACGACCAGCGUUUCCACCAUCGCCACCAUCACCAAAGCUUUCCUUUCCAGAACGGUGCCGGCGCAGGAGGCGGUGCCGGCAUUGCUCCCCUCCUUCACCGACCUCCGACAAGUGAGUGCGUGUAA